AAAAAGAAGUUCUUCCUCGUGCGCUGAUUAUUUUUGGGUGGUGGCUUUAGCAAGAAAUCCGAUCGGCAUUGUCACAUGCAUCACUUAAGCUGCGCCAUGUCCGUGAACACUUCUCAUUACAUGUUUACGAAACAAAACUCUACGUCUCCAAGGUCUUUCGACAACUUCAGCGACCAAAUCCUCGAUUCCCCUGGUAAUGGACUCAUCUUCUCGACAGCAGUGGUCAUCGCUCUCCUAUCAGCCCCAGCAGUAGUGGGAAAUGCGUUGAUUUUAGCCACAAUCUGGAGGAGGACUUUUCUUAGAACAUCAUUCCAUUCUAUUCUCAGUGGAUUAGCAGUCACUGACUUUCUGACAGGGCUUAUUUCCCAGCCUUUUUACGCUUCGCUCCACUUGAUACAUGGAAAAAACGCGCCAGUUAUACAAGAUAAUCCAGAGGUAGUGAUUGUCAUUGGAAUAAUCACUGGAUUUAGCGCCUACCUCUUGGUCAACAUCACUAUUGCUACCAUGACAGUGAUGUCCGUUGAACGAUGGUUGCAUAUGUCUAGGAGAUCUCUUACAACAUCCCAUCGCCGAUAUUACGCUGCUAUCGUAAUAUUACUCUUUCCGAUCCCUUCACUAGUUGUCUACAGUUUAGCUUUGAAGGAACCAGCUUUUUGGAAUACCUUUUUUAAGGUUAUAAUUGCAAACUUUUCGUUUUGUUAUCUUAUCAUAUCGUUCGCCUAUUUUAAUGUUUAUCAAAUUAUUCGUCGUCACCAGCUUCAAAUUCAGGCCACUGGAAUAUCUCAGAACUUUGGUCAACCCGCAAUAGACUUAGCGAAGUAUAAGAAAUCUGUGGAAACCAUGCUAUAUAUCUUUUUGCUAUUCUCUAUAUGUUUCUUACCUUUUACUGUGUCUAUUGCAGUAUCUCUUAUAACAACAGCUGAGCUGACAAGAAGCGCUAUCAAGCUAUCACUAGUGCUCGUAUUUCUUUCUUCGUCACUCAACCCAUGGUUGUACAUUUGGAGAAUGAGGGACAUUCGUAGAGGUCUUAAACAGCUAUUAGCUAGCUUAAGAACAUAA